CACAUUGAUUUUGGACAGAUUAGUUAAAUAUUUGUAUUAGAUAAAGCUAUGCAAAGUCAUGACCCUCUGUCAGUCAUGGCUGGCGUAAAGCCGUCGUCAAUGAAUGUGUUGAAAAUUGUUGAUGUUCCUAACCCUUCCUUUUCAUCUUCAAGGGAACUAAAUGGAAAUGGCGUUUAUGAAAAAAACGAGUGUAUUCAGUUUCAAAAUGUAAUCACACUUAACAUUGGAGGAACAAUACAUACAACUAGUUUAUCAACUCUUCUGAAAUAUCCAGAUUCAAUGCUCGCAGUUAUGUUUAGUGGUCGGCAUCAUUUAGCAAUGGAUGAUCAAGGAAGAUAUUUCAUUGACCGAGAUGGAAAAUUGUUCAUCCAUAUUCUAAAUUAUCUUCGUGAAAAUAAAAUGCCGCCACUGUCACUUGUGAUGGAUGUUUAUGAAGAAGCGCAAUAUUAUAAUAUUACUCCCCUCAUUUCUGCAUUGAAUUCAACUUGUCCUGUUGCAAGUGAUAAAAUAAGGAGAUUAUUCCUUGAUGAGGUGCCAAAUUAUGAUAUAAAGAUCAAUGCAUUAAUUGAAAAAGCUCAGCAAGUUGCAACCAUCCAUCCAGAUAGAGUAUCAAAACUUCUUGUUUGUGUCUACAAAGAAGAUUCACCAAUAACUGCAUAUGAAAAUUCAUUACUUCCUCCUGUGCCUGGUGAAAGAAAUCCAAAUGGAUCUCAAAUGAAUCAUAGUUGUGAUGUUUGUAUUUCGUUCGGUCCAUGGCUUGCAGCUCCCGAUGUUUACGACCUUAUACACUGUAUAAAGGAUGACGUCGCAAAACGAGGAUAUUCACUUGAAUGUCAAUGCAUUGGGGUGUGUGAUAAACACUUAAUAGGACAAUUUUAUUGUAAACGGCCAAUUUAUGAAUUCAAAUUCAAGUGGUGGUAAUUUUGUCAUCAAUAGUUGUUAAUUUUAUUUUUAUUUUGCGUGCUAUGUACUGUGUAAUCCUGUGAUAUUUUUUAAUCGAGCAUAGGUGUGGGUUUUUUUCAAGAAUUAUAAAAAAAUAACUAUUCAAGUGAUUUAUUUAUCCAAAAUAUUUGGAUAUUUAGUUGUACGUAUAUAAAAUAAUGCUGUUCUCAUAAUUAUUUCCAUAAAUGAAAUAAAUAUGUAAUUUCAUUACAAAUUAUGCUGCUCCGCACUGAGCAUUUAGUUCUGCAUAUAAUUCGCAUUACAAUUAAAGUAGCCAAAAUGAAUGGCUAUAUUAUUCAGGAAAGCCAUGGUUUUAUUCAGAAAUUUCUAUGUUUUUAAGCAUGAGCAAUAGUAUAUCUGGAUUGUUAAAAACAAGUUGGGAUACCAAUAAUUUCAAAUUCCAUUCAACAUAAAUCUUUGGACAACCUUACUCAAGCUUGCUUUCACUGCUGUUAUUUUUGAAUGAAGAUUUCCAAACUUAGAUAUCAUUCCAUAUUAUAAGCCUACGUGGUAUUGUUUAUAUAUAGAUAUAUAUUUUUUUGCUGCCAAUUAUUCUGUUUUCUUGUCUCAGUCCGCCGUGUAUUUCCACAUUGUUGCUUAUUGCUAUGCCUAACGCAAUCCAUAUAUAAGUGUUUUGAAUUUUUAGGCUUUUUUUUUCUUUUUUCGCGGAACGUUGUAGCUAUAUAAUUUUUUUAGAUGUCAAAAUUAUUUUUGAUAAUUAAAUGGGAUUCCCAAAUAUUUUAAAUUUGUAAUUUUAUAUGGUAUUUUCGCCAGCAUGCAUACUUCAAAAGUAGGUUCACACACUAUUAAAUAUUUCUCAAGUGUUGCACUUAGUACAUAACAGUUUAUAAAGGCAAUGUACAAAUAUGAUUAUUAUACAUGUUGAGGCAUCCAACGGUUUGGUCUUAAAUAUCAUUUUCUCUUAUCGAGUGUUUAAUAAUGAUUUCUGAAUACAGCAACAAAGAUUGACGUAUUACACAGUGGCAAAAUAAACUUGCCUCUAACCCCAGUUAGACAAAAAGAAGGAAAUCAUUAUUUAGGUAGGAUGGCUAUUUUGUGUCUCCAUUUGGGCAACUAGCCCUUAAGCUCUAAGUCUUCAUGCUCUUCUCGGCAACAUCCCCGUUUUAUUAUUCAAUGAACAUUCCUCCCAAUGACUUCCAUUUGCACUUACACCUGAUGAUGUCUUUUCACUGUGCAACCACAGAUGGUUAAUUUGAUCCUUGUGGCGGUGUGAGCGUUGUGAAUAGUUUUUAGCUGGUGUAGGGUUUAAUAAUUCAUUCUAAUUUGAAAUCAAGUAUGAUAUGUAAUAUCGUGAGUGAGCAGUAGUUAUUCGUCAGAGUAUUGAUCAAAUCUUUUCUUUCAAUAAAUACAUAAAAAGCAUAU